AUGCGACUUAUCAUUUCAGAGUUGUCACGUUUUCCUACAGAAGCGGCUAGUCCAGGACGACAAGCUGCUUGUGCUGGAGUUCGUGCUUUCCUUCAUCGUAUGGUGGCUUGUAUUAUGCCAUCGUCGGCAUCACCAUCAUCCGCACCAGGUGAAUCUGGGAACACCAACAGCUCUGUAACUUCGGAUAUGUUAUUGGCUGCACUUGUAGACGCUGUACCCCAACUGGUUAAACCCUUACGAUCUACUACAAGCUCAUGUUAUAAUGGUGGUAGUAGUCAUCAGUUAUCGGAUAUUAUGGUGGAUGCUGAACAACGUUGGAAAGAAAUCAGAGAUGUUAUACCACUUGUUACACAAGUACUACUCAGAUAUAAGAAUCAAAGUAUUCCAUUCCUAUCAACGUGUCUGCCAGGUCUAUUGGAAGCGAUCAUGAAUGCUUUAAAUGAACCACUUCCAUCAGAUCAACCAACAUUAAGUGAAGAAAGAAAACUUCUACGUCGUGGUUAUCUCCAGUUAUUACAAAGUAUAUAUCAGUCAGUACCAGAUGUAUUUUCACAGCUUAUUAGUGAAAAUAUUGUACAAAGUCUUUCCACAGUUUUAGGACAAGUUCAAGCCUGUCUAGAAUGUGAAGAUCCAGUUGGUCUACGCUCAGGCAUAAUAUUAUUUUUACAAUUAAUACAAUCAGCUGGUCAUGAUACACGAUUCUAUGAAGAUUUUCUAUUGUUACACUUUAUUCCAUUUUGUAUACUUGCUCCAAUCUCUCCUGCAUUUCAUACAACUGAUGGUCAAUUCAUAUUGAUUUUAGAUAAAAUUUCUGAGUGCCUAUAUAUUUUGUCACAAGAACAGGAUGGCCUUCAUACUUAUUUAAAAGACUAUUUUCUACCAAGACAACAAUUAUCUCCGGAAUUAAUUCAGUCGUAUACUACUGCUUUAAAAUCGAAUCUUAAGGAUUUUCAAUCAUUCAUUAGGAGUUUCUAUUCACGUUUCCAUUAA